AUGAAGGUCUCCGCAGUAGCCCUCCCCGUCCUGGCCAGCCUCGCCAGUGCCAACCCUGUCCAAGUUGGCCUCGAAGAGCGGCAGUCCUGCCCCCAGGUGCACAUUUUCGGGGCGCGUGAGACGACAGCGCCAGCCGGGUACGGCACAUCGCAGGGGCUGGUCAACAUGGUGAAGCAGGCGUACCCGGGCGCCACCAGUGAGGCCAUCAACUACCCGGCGUGCGGCGGGCAGGCGCAGUGCGGCGGCGUCAGCUACGACAACUCGGCCAGCCAGGGUACCCAAGCUGUUGUCCGGGCCGUGACGGAUUUUAAUAGGCGAUGUCCGAAUACCAAGAUUGUGCUUAUUGGGUACUCGCAGGGCGGCCAAAUUAUGGACAACGCCCUCUGCGGCGGCGCAGGUGCGACGCUCUCCGGGGCGGCCCUCAACGCGGUCAAAGCCGCCAUCUUCAUGGGCGAUCCGCACAACGUCAACGGGUUGCCAUACAACGUUGGCACAUGCCGAGCCGGCGGUUUUGCUGCCCGUCCCAGCGGGUUCCGCUGCUCGCCCGCCAACCCAGCCAUCAUCCAGUCGUACUGCGACUCGACCGACCCCUACUGCUGCAACGGCAACGACGCCAACUCGCACCAGCAGUAUGUGAACAAGUAUGGACAGCAGGCCCUGGCGUUUAUCAGGAGCAAGCUGGAUGCUGCUUGA